AUGAUUCAACUGAUAUGCCAUUCCUCUGGUGAUGAUUGGAAAAAGUUGAAGAAAAAGUUGAUUGCUUUAACAUUAUUGCAUAGUCUUAGAGUAAAAAAUAUAGUGCCACUACCGGUGCCAUUACCACUACCGGUGAUCAUCAGAAAGGUGUCGACACCCAUUAUAUUGCCGGCCAAAAGGGUACCAUUUUUGGUGCCCAAACCGGUGCCUUACUAUCAGAUAAUACCUAAUUUUGUUCCGUUAGGAUCUAAUGACAAAGGAUCUUAUAUUAAAUCCGAGUCUAACAUCAACUCACAGAAAACAAUUAUGGGAACCGAUGGCCAGGAUUUGUGGCCCGAGUCGAGUACUAACGAGGAAUAUAUGGAUCCGGAUUACGAACUAAUAAGCAAAGAGUUGAUGACAUUGAUGAUAAACCAGGAGAAGCACCGGCACCUAUUGCCACAUCAAUCGCAUGAUUAUCAUAUAAUACAACAGUCUUUAGCAAACAUCAACAAUAAUAACAACAACAAUAAAUACUCAUUGAAUAACAUUAAAGAUUUUAUAAAAGAAAAAUCUGGUUUAAAUUCAUUACCAUUGAAUGACUACCGGGAGUACAAGCCAUGGAAAGGGAGAUUCAAUUAUAAGAAACAACCAUUAGUUGGUGUUAUGGAAGAUAUGCAUGAAUUGAACGCUUUUUAUAAUACAUUGAAUGCAUUGGACAAUGAGGACGACCUACUGAUGCUAUCUUCUCAGCCAAAAACUAAACCACAGGAACAGAGUUUAUCAAUGAAAAUAUUGCCAUCGCUUAACAACUUUAAUAUAAAUAACCGUAAUGUCAGUCAAAAUAGACAUUUUUUGAACAGUUUGCCAAUAAUGAUGCCGACCAAUGAACCACUGGUACCGGUGGCUAUACCCGUACCGUUCACACCCAAAGUUACUCCAAAACCACAUAAUAAUAGUAACCACUUGAGUAGUAAUCCAGGAGAUGAUAAUGUUUUAGUAAAACGUGUAAAAGUAGGUGAAAUACGACUGAAACCCAAACAAAUAAGAUCACUAUUACCUCCCACUCCCAGAUAA